AUGACAUCACUCCCACCCGCCAGCGCCCUCCCCCACGCCUCCGAGUCCACCCUCACCAACGUUCUAGACCUGCUCUUCGAGCCCUCGCCUCCCCUCCGCACCAUCACCUUCCCCGUGCUGCGCUCCGCCACCUUCCCCAGCUACGACAUCCUCAUCACAGCCGUCAACGCGCAGCUCGCUGCACUAGCUGCCUCGGAUGACGAGAGCGAUGUGAAGAAGUUGUCUGAGAUUCUGUGUUCGCACCCGAGGUUGGGCGAGAAGAAGGUGGAUAGCGAGCAGAGUCGGAAAGAGCAGGCGCAGUUGCAGCAGGGUGGGGAGGAGAGGGAGAUGCUGGCAAGGUUGAAUGAGGAGUAUGAGGGGAAGUUUCCGGGGCUGAGAUAUGUUGUUUUCGUCGAUGGUCGCCCCAGAUCGGAAAUCAUGGAGAACAUGCGUUCGCGUAUUGAUCGGGGUGAUAUCAAGGCUGAGCGGCAAGAGGCCAUUCAGGCCAUGUGUGAUAUCGCUCUAGACCGAGCUACCAAGUUGCAGAAAGCAUAA